CUUUGCUUAGGCUGCUGUAUUCUGCGUUAUAUUUUCUAAAAUCUCUGAAAUACACAUUUUUUGUGUAUGGGCCAUGUUAAAAGUAAUGUAUUAAGACGUAUAAGGACCAUUAAUAAUUACAAAUGUCUUCAAAGCACGACGUGAGUAGACGCCGAGAGCGUUCACGCAGCCGCUCAGUGGAGCGCCAUCGCUCACGGAAAGAGCACAAAGGGCGGUCGCGAACGCGGUCACCCGCGCCGUCAAAACACAGGUCACCCAGCAGGGAGAAGAGUAAACACAAGAAAAGUAAAAAGAAACAGAAGAAGAAGAAUAGGAGCAGUAGUUCGUCGAGUAGUAGUGACACGGACGAGGAGCUGAGGCUGCUGCAGCGACUGGAGGCGGAGCGCCUGAGACUUAAAGAGGAGAGGAAGAAACAGAAAGAAUUGCAGAAGGCUAAUGAGACUCCAGAGGAGAAACGAGCCCGCCGUCUAAAAGAGAAACAAGAAAAAGAGCGCAAACGCCGCGAGCGCAUGGGCUGGGACAAUGAGUAUCAAUGCUACACCAACCAAGACAAUCCGUUCGGAGACUCGGCACUCACACACUCGUUCGUGUGGACCAAGAAGUUGGCUAAAGAAGGUGUGAAGGCGGUCAGCAGAGAUGAGCUUGAAGCUAUGAACCGGCAGAAGCAACUUGAGAAUAAGAUUGAGCUGGAAAAGGUGAAGCAGCGUCGAUUAGAGCGCGAGGCAGAGCGCGCGGCUCGCGAAGCAGAGACAGCAGCCGCGGCCAGGGCGCGCGAGGCAGCGCAGUUUGAUUCAUGGGCGCGGCAAGAAGACGCGUUUCAUUUACAACAAGCUAGGUUGCGGUCGCAGAUCCGCAUCCGUGACGGACGUGCGAAGCCGAUCGACCUACUCGCUUGGUACGUGGGAUCAGAGCAGUGUGUAGACGCGCUCGAAAUGCAUGAGCCCUACACCUACCUCAACGGUCUGCAAGCCCCGGACCUUGAAGACUUGUUGGCUGACAUCGCUGUGUACAAGUCCUUAGAGCAGGAGCAAAACCAGCGGUACUGGAAAGAUGUGGAGACCAUUGUGCAGGACGAGCUAGCAAAGCUACGGAGAGCCGCACCCGAGCCCCAUGAAGCGGUGCAUCGUGACACCGUGCACCAGAGCGUGGCCGAUGACGUCACACAGAUUUUCAAAGGCAAGACGGGCGCACAGCUAGAAGCAUUACAAUCGCAGAUCGAGCAGAAGAUCAGCGCCCGCGCUGACAAUAUCGAUGUUGGCUACUGGGAGAGUUUACUCAGCCAACUUAAAGCGCACAUGGCCCGCGCUCGUCUGCGCGACCGACAUCAGAAUAAUCUGAGGCGUAAACUUCAACUCCUCAAGCAGGAGCAAGGGGUCGCCGCCAAGCCUGAACCGGAGACAAGACAUGAGGCUGAUGAACCUCAACCUACCGGAUCUACAAGUCCCAAAGUGGAGCCGGAACGGAGCGGAGCGGAGGCGGAGGCGGAGGCGUCGGGAUCCGGGUCAGGCGGGGAGUCGGAGCCGGAUUCCGAGUCGUCGGCCGCCUGCGUGGCGCUGUACCGCGCCGGCCGCUACUCCCCCGAGCCGCUCUCCCCCAGGGCGCUGGAGCCGGGCACGCUCACCACGGACGCGGAUAUAGACGAGCAGAGGCUGCAGUAUCUGAGAACGCGAGCGCAUGCUGCAAACGCACAAAGGGCACACGAGCAGAUCGCUCCCUCGGGCGUCAGCGGCGCUGCGGAGCCGGGCGCGGCCGUGUUCGAGAGGGAGGCGCGGCGCGGCAUGGGCACCGACGAGGCGCAGUUCAGCGUGGAGGCCGCAUUGGACAGGAGCGAAGCCCUGCCCGUGCCAGCACUCUGGCCGGACAAGUACCGUCCGCGCAAGCCGCGCUACUUCAACCGCGUGCACACCGGCUUCGAGUGGAACAAGUACAACCAGACGCACUACGACAUGGACAACCCGCCGCCCAAGAUCGUGCAGGGCUACAAGUUCAACAUCUUCUACCCGGACUUGAUCGAUCCCAAGGCUACCCCGGACUUUUCUCUGAAACCGUGCGCCGACAACCCCGAGUUCGCCGUGCUCCGCUUCCGCGCCGGUCCGCCCUACGAGGACAUCGCCUUCAAGAUCGUCAACCGCGAGUGGGAGUACUCGUACAAGCGCGGCUUCCGCUGCCACUUCCACAACAACAUCUUCCAGCUGUGGUUCCACUUCAAGCGGUACCGGUACCGCCGCUAAACCAUAUCAAUACAUACGUACAGCACACAGAAGUGC